AUGUCUAAAUCAGUUUUGAUCACCGGCUGCAGCAAGGGAGGAUUCGGGGAGGCCAUGGCCAAAGUCUACCACGCCAAAGGAUUCCAGGUCUUUGCAACGUUACGCAACUUAACUAAAGUCGGAUCUCUGGCCGAUUAUGACGGUGUUCGGAUCCUUGAACUGGACGUGACAUCGGUCGAGUCGAUCCACCAAUGUGCACAGACUGUUGCGAAACAUACGGGCGGGCGACUCGAUGUCCUUGUCAAUAACGCCGGUGUGAACGCGAUAGUACCGCUGCUCGACGCCUCCCUCGACGAGGCCAAGAAGGUCUACGAUACAAAUGUGUGGAGUAUUGUGGGCAUGGUGCAGGCUUUCGCCCCUAUGCUCAUCCAGGCCAAAGGGGUCGUGUGCAAUAUCAGCUCUGUAUCCGGCGAAAUGGUUUUUGCAUGGGCGGGUAUAUAUAGUAGCUCGAGAAGCGCUGGCACAAGGAUUUCCGAGACGUUGCGUCUGGAGAUGGCACCUCUAGGUGUGCGGGUGGUCACCGUCAUCCUCGGUGGUGUCCAGACCAGCGGCAACAACCCGGAGAAUAUCGCCGACCUGGAGCUGCCCCCAAGUUCGCAUUAUCGAAAGAUCACAUCAGUCAUCGAUCGUCAUAAGAAGACGAUGGUACAUCCAAACAAACAGAAUAUCGAGAUCGCAGCCAAGAACGUGGUGGAUGAUGUACUUCACGGUCAUGGCAUCUUCAUUCGACGGGGCCAGGCUUCGAUGCUUAGUUGGCUAUGCAAUACCUUUCUUCCCUACCGACUUUUUACAUGGAUGAUCAACCGGGAGUCCGCUUUGGAUGAAAUUCGAUGCUGA